AUGAAUACUGGCCGUGUGAACUUGUUGCUGACUUGUGCACCACGCAGCGACAUCGACAACUAUGCUAAGAUCUUUGACCUGGUUUCCGACUUGAUCGAUGAAUACUUUGAGAAGCACCUAUCUCUGACUCGAGAAGAGGCAGUAAAGCUACAUCACCAGUACCAUACGGACUAUGGACACUCGAUCGAGGGCUUGGUCCGACACCACAAGAUUGACCCCAUAGAGUACAACGCCCAGGUUGAUGACGCGCUGCCCCUCGAGGAUAUCUUGAAGCCAGAUGUGCAACUCCGAAAGCUGCUUGAGUAUGUCGAUACCUCUAAAGUCCGGCUCUGGUUAUUAACCAACGCGUACGUGACUCAUGCCAAAAGAGUUAUCCGGAUUCUUGGUGUCGAGGAUCUCUUCGAGGGGUUGACGUACUGCGAUUACUCGCAAGUGCCCUUCAUCUGCAAGCCGAACAAGAAUAUGUUCCUAAAGGCUAUGAAGGAAGCUGGGGUGGAAUCAGUUCAGGAUUGUUACUUCGUCGGUAUGGCCUCCAUCCAUGAUGAGUCCUCAGAGGCGUUUCCACGUUGA